GACGCCUCGGGAAGCCUGGAGAAAACGGCGAGCUCUGAUUUCCGGCGUUAUUUAUCCUUCAUCAGCGACUUCUAAACUUCACAAUAGGCAUCAGAUAAACGAGAUUUAAGGUUAUUUAAAGUGAUUAAAGGUGAUGGCUGUUUAUUUUGAUCAUCGGAUUGAUGCCCCGGACAGUAACGGAGAGGCGACUCUUAUCACGUGGCACUCUGCUCAGCCCUUAUUGGCUGUUGGCUCCUUUAACCCCGCCUCUGGAGGCUGUGUAGAUAUUUACCUGCAACAGGGCGAGCGUGUGGAGUUGUGUCAUGUGGAGCGUGUGUGUGCGCCAGCGUUAUUGCGGUGGCAUCCCACAAAACCAGUGCUGGCUGUGGGCUGGGAGACGGGAGAAACCCUGCUGCUCCCACACCCACACGGGGAGCAAACACCACUGCCCAACAACACACACACCACCGGGAUCACACUGCUGGACUGGAGCUGCAGCGGAGCCAGACUGGUCACAGGGGAUCAGGCAGGGGUGCUGGUUGUGUGGAAGCUGGAUGCUCGAGGAAGAUUGAACGGAACUCACAUGACGAAACAGACCUACAAUAAACCCUUAACCAAUUGUAUCUUCAGAAUCACACCACCCACAGAGGAUGUUGCGAUGCUGGCAAAAGCAGCAGUCAGUGGUGAUGAAGAGGCUCUGGAUAAAUUUAAUUGGAAGAAAAGUGGUAAAGGGGGUGGAGUUUGGUCUCCUGGUGCACAAGAAGGACUCCUCAUCUACGUUAGCACUGCUGAUGGGUGUGUGUACAGCGUGGACGAGCAUGGCCGUAGUGUACACUUGUUGACUGUAGAGGGCAGAGUGCGGAAACUGUGUUAUUUGGAGCGCAGGGCCGUACUUGCUGUGAUCACAGACUCCCUGCUGCUCUCACAGUUCAUCCUCGGUCCAGAAGGAGCUGCUCAGGAGCUCAGCAAGGUGAAAUUGAGUGGUAGAGGAGGACAGAACACAGACAUCGUGUGGACGGAGAGCAGCCUGCUCAUCACAGCAUCAGGAGAUCAUACCAUCAGGGUGUGGGAUCUGGAGAGAGAUGAUAACUACGUCCUGUCUCUGGAUGAGACCCUGGGCUUUGAGAAAGGAGAGCUGCUCAACUGUGUGUCCUUUUGCACUGCUAAAGCGGUCCUUGCAGCAGGCACCAGCAGGGGGCGUGUCGCUAUGUGGCAGAUGGUGGCAGUAACCAAUCAGACAGGAGACACAAAAACUCAGUGGAGGUUACAGACUCCGACUGAACUGGAGGGAAACAUUACACAGCUGCAGUGGGGUUCCAGUCUGCAGCUCUUGGCAGUGUGUAACAGCAGUGCAGUGUUAAUUCUGAGUGAACAUGUGAUGAGUUCUCACUACAACCAGCAGAGGGCAGCAGUGCAGCUCUCACCCACACAGCUCAGCCUGACCUGCUUCACCUCGAACACACACCUCACACUGCGCACGGACACACACAUCAGAGCAGUGCAGGUCACCAAGGACACAGUGACUGUAUGGGACGGGAGGUGUGUAACAGUCUAUGAGAAAUCAGGACAGUCCUUACGUAGCACAGCUUCUUUUCAGUGUGACUCUGCUGCUCUGGCGGUUCAUGAAGAGAAUAUUUAUACUGUAGAGCCGAACCGAGUGCAAGUUCGCACGCAGCAGGGCACCGUAAAGCAGUUGCUGGUGUUUACAGAGGCUGAGGGGAACCCUGUCAUCCUGAGUGUGUGUGGACCGUACCUGGCUGUUGGGACUGAUGCCGCUCAUGUCAGAGUCUUCGAUCUCUCACGCAGGGAGGCCAAGCCACUGUGUAAUGCCAAGAACAUGGCUGAACUCAUUCCUGACCUGGGAGCUCUGAAAUCAGUCAAGUGCAAUGCUAAUGGCAGCCAACUCAGCAUCCUGAUCACACAGGUAAAUGGGCGUCCUGCUCACAGAGUGUAUUUGUAUGAUGUGGAGAUGGACACACUCUCUCACUUUGACUUCUUCACUGGACGACCUCUCAGCAGCCUCUCACAGGGGUCUGAAGACCACCAGAGAGCUCAGUGUGAGGAGACGGAGCUUGCAGGUCGUUAUCCAGUCUCUCAAUUCUGGGAUGAGUGUGAGCCACGCCUCUUUGUGUGUGAAACUGUUCUGGUGAACUCUGAGUACCACAUCGCCAACCAGUCACAGGCCACAGACAAGGUGGAUGUGUUGGUGGUGACGUUCUUCAUGACUCCGGAGCAUGGCCUCCUUCUGCAGGACUCUCAGCCCAGACCAACUGGUCUACAGGGAUUACUGGCACUGGAUACACCAUACUACUACUACACCUGCAAGCCUGGAGAGCUUGAUACGACAUCCCCGGCCCCUGCUGCAGUUCCUUCCUCAACCCACAUGGUGGUGCGGCGACCUCUGCGUGACUUUGUUGGUUUGGAGAGCUGUGAGAAGCAGACCAGAGACGCCAUGCUGAACUUCAGCUUCUACCUCACCAUCGGGGACAUGGACGAGGCCUUCAGAGCCAUCAAACUCAUCAAGAGCGAGGCUGUUUGGGAGAACAUGGCUCGUAUGUGUGUGAAGACUCGGCGUCUGGAUGUGGCGCGUGUGUGUCUGGGCAACAUGGGUAACGCCCGAGCAGCUCGUGCGCUCAGAGAGGCGGAGAAAGAGCCAGAGCUGGAGGCACGAGUUGCGAUGCUCGCAACGCAACUGGGCAUGCUGGAUGAAGCUGAGGCUCUGUAUCGUUCCUGCGGGAGGUUCGACCUGUUGAAUAAGUUUUAUCAGGCUCGUGGUGAUUGGCAGAAAGCCAUCGAAACGGCUGAGGGUCACGACCGCAUCCACCUGCGCAGCACAUACUACAGCUACGCGCAACACCUGGAGAACACGGGCGACAAGAACCUGGGCCUUACCUAUUACGAGCGGUCUGAUACACACCGGUUCGAGGUUCCUCGCAUGCUGAUGGAGGACAUCGUGUCUCUGGAGCUCUACAUCAACAAGAUGAAGGACAAGUGCUUGUAUAAGUGGUGGGGUCAUUAUCUGGAGAGCCAAUCAGAGAUGGAGUCUGCACUGCGUUACUAUGACUACGCUCAGGAUUACCUGUCUCAAGUGCGUGUGCACUGCUACCUGGGGAACAUCCAAAAGGCGAGCGAGAUUGCCAACGAGACAGGCAACCGAGCGGCGUCCUAUCACGUGGCACGGCAGUACGAGAGUCAAGAUCAGAUCAGCCAAUCGGUGCACUUCUACACACGCGCUCAGGCGUACAACAACGCCAUCCGACUGUGUAAGGAGAACCACAUGGACGAGCAGCUGAUGAACCUGGCGCUACUCAGCAACCCGGAGGACAUGAUGGACACGGCUGCCUACUAUGAGGAGAGGGGAGAGCACAUGGACCGAGCUGUCAUGCUAUAUCACAAGGCAGGUCGCGUGUCUAAAGCUCUGGAAUUGGCGUUCAGUACAGAGCAGUUUGGAGCGUUGCAGCUGAUUGCAGAGGAACUGAAUGAGAACAGCGACCCGGCCGUGCUCACACGCUGCUCCGACUUCUUCAUCAAACACACACACUACCACAAAGCUGUGCAGUUGCUUGUGGCUGCCAAGAAGUAUCAUGAGGCACUGCAGUUGUGUUUGGACCAGAACCUGACCAUCACAGAGGAUCUGGCUGAGAGCAUGACUGUGUCACAAAGCUCCGCCCACCUCUCAGAGGAGGAGCGUAAGGAUCUGCUGGAGCAAAUAGCAGACUGCUGCAUGCGCCAGGGCAACUAUCACUUAGCAACCAAGAAAUACACACAAGCUGGGAAAAAGAUCAAGGCGAUGCGAGCGCUGCUGAAGUCAGGUGAUACAGAGAAGAUUGUGUUCUUCGCUGGCGUGUCUCGGCAGAAAGAGAUCUACGUGAUGGCAGGGAAUUACCUGCAGUCUCUGGACUGGAGGAAAGAUCCAGAAAUCAUGAAAAACAUCAUCAGUUUCUACACUAAAGGACGUGCACUGGAGCUGCUUGCAGGCUUCUACCAGGCCUGUGCACAGGUAGAGAUAGAUGAUUAUCAGGACUAUGAGAAGGCGUAUGGUGCCCUUACUGAAGCUUAUAAGUGUCUAUCCAAAGCCAAGAGUCGCCAUGGAGAAGAAACAGACGAGCGACUCACACAACUCACACACCACCUCACACUCAUCAAGAGAUUCAUACAGGCACGCAGGCUGUAUGAGCAGGACCCUGCAGCAGCUCUAUCAGAGUGUGAAUGCUUGUUAGAGGAGCGUGACCUGGACCCUGCAGUGAGAGUAGGAGAUGUCUUUGGCUUCAUCAUUGAGCAUCACUGUCAACACGCCAGCUACCAGAAGGCAUGGGUAAAGCUGGAGGAGCUGAGACGUUUGCAUCCAUCGGUGAAUGUGAGUGUAUACGUCAGUGCUCGCAGUCUGGACACUCUGCAGAAUGCCAUCGGAGUAAGACUCAACCAUGGAGACUCUACACAUGUGAACACACACCACCGAGAUGCAGACAACACACGCACACAGAGUGAUGGCGAGGAUGAGGAGGAAGUGGAGGAGGAAGAGAACCUCAAUGACUGAGGGGUGCUUAUUACAGCACACAGACGCGUGCACACACACACACACAGCUUCAUCAAAGAAUGUGUGAGUGUUUGAUUAAUCCUGAGCUUUAAACAUAAUGGUUUGUGUGUGUUGCCUUCAGGAACAGACAUUCUUGCCACUUAUCUAUACACACUGUGGUUUAUAUUGUGUGUGUGUAACAGUUAAUUUUUUUAUAGACUUGUGUCUUUUUUUUAUACAUUUUACACUAUUUAUAGGACACAUACUCCAUGUAAUAUUUUGUAUUGCUCCCUGUAUAGAAU